CAUUCCUGCCGGUGAUGGUGUUAGAAAUGAGGCAAUGAUUGUUUCUUUUGGUGCGAAAGUGGCCAUGAAUUGAUGCCCACAAGGGCUUUUACCUCUGUUUCCAAGAAAACAUACAAGGUUUGGCUUGACAAUGAUUCUUUUGUCAUCAACAAAGUAGUAUGUAUUGUCUUCAUGCAUAAUGUCGCUGGUCAACAUAAAAACCCAUAUUCAACUUGAUUACAUCUACCCUCUUUCUCUCUUCAAUUAUGGCCAUCUUGAUCAGUUGACCCCAUCCAAACCUCUGAUCAAAGCUGGAGUCUUGUUCAAGAAUCAAGAAUGCUUUUGUGUUGGUAGUUCUGUAGUUUAAUUUGCUUUUGUUGUUAAUUAGGUUUAGAUUGGUGAGAAGUUGCAGUGAUGGAUCGUUUUGAUUCAGGUGAUGAUGAUGGGUCAAAUUACAAUCAUCAAUUUACUUCAUCAUCAUCAUCUUCUUCUUCUGGUGAUGUUUCAAUCGAAUCGUCAUCUUGUGGUGGCGAUGAUUCAACUCCUCUGGAGCGAGAUUACUUUGAUGGGGUUCUCAAGUACAUCAACCAGAUGUUAAUGGAGGAAGAGGAUUUGGAGAAUCGGCCCUGCAUGCUUCAAGAUUCCCUGGCGUUGCAGGCCGCCGAGAAGUCCUUCUAUGAAGCCCUAACGGACUGCAAUUUCUCUGAAACAAAUAGGAAGAGAGAUAGCUAUGGCGAUGGAGAUUUGGAAGCUGGGAGAGAUAGCAAACAGGUUGCGGGAUCCACGGCGGAAGAACCGGAGCAAACUGAGAUGUACGAUAAAACACUGCUCUGUUCUGCAAAUAAUCCUGGCUUCUACAGUGAUCCGCCAUGGUGUCAUCUUGAUCAUUCGACGGAACAAAAGCGGAGAUUCAAGCCGGUUAAUGAUGUCCGGUCAAGACGAGGAAGGCCGCGCGCCGGCGAGAACCGUGUCAUCGGGCCCGGUAAACCAGUUGAUCUGAGGAGUCUUUUGCUUGAAUCUGCAGUGGCGGCGGCGAACUAUGACGGCCGGACGGCAACUCACCGGCUGAACCUCAUCCGGCAGCACAGUUCUCCUCACGGCGACGCCGCCGAGAGAACCGCCCACUACUUCGCCAACUCCCUGGAGGCGCGCCUGGCCGGAACGGGACCGGAGCUAUACACAUCUUUCUCCCGGCGGCGGAGAAUGUCGGCGGCGGAAGUGCUGAAAGCCUAUCAGGCUUACGUCACCGCGUGUCCGUUCAAGAAAAUGUCCAACAUAUUCGCGAACAAGACGAUCGGGAAACUCACCGGGAAAGCCACGGCGAUUCAUAUUAUAGAUUUCGGCAUUCUAUACGGAUUCCAAUGGCCGUGCUUCAUCCAGGGAAUCUCCCUCCGCCCAUCCGGCCCGCCAAAGCUUCACAUUACCGGCAUAGAUUUUCCCCAGCCCGGUUUCCGGCCGGCCGAGAGAGUGGAGGAUACCGGCCGCCGCCUCGCGAAUUACUGCAAGCGGUUCAAUGUCCCAUUCGAGUAUACCGCCAUAGCCAAAAAAUGGGACACCAUUAGUUUGGAUGAACUAAACAUGGAUAGGGAUAGGGAUAGAGAGGAAGAAGUAUUAAUCGUGAACUGUUUAUACAGGCUGAAGAACACGCCUGAUGAAACAUUAAUCCUGGAUAAUAGUCCCCGGGACACAGUUCUAAACCUGAUUAACCAAAUAAACCCGGAUUUCUUUAUCCAUGGAGUCAUAAACGGCACAUAUAACUCAUCCUUUUUCACCUCAAGAUUCAAGGAAGCUCUAUUCCACUUCUCCUCCCUGUUCGACAUGUUCGAAUCCACUAUCCCCCGGGAAGAUCAAGAAAGACUGGUGUACGAGGAGGAGAUCUGGGGGAGGGACAUCAUGAACAUUGUGGCAUGCGAGGGAACUGAGAGAGUUGAAAGGCCAGAAACGUACAAACAGUGGCAGCUGAGGAACCAAAGGGCAGGGUUCAAGCAGGUUGGCCUAAACCAGGAUGUUAUUAAGGAAGUGAGGGCUAAGGUAAGGUUGCGUUACCAUAAGGAUUUUCUGGUGGAUGAACAUAGUGACUGGAUGCUGCAAGGUUGGAAAGGAAGAGUUCUUUGUGCUCUUUCUUGUUGGACACCUGUUGAGAAAGCUAUGACCGGAUCGGAAUUUGUUCGAUCUGAUCUUAGAAUCUGAUACUAUCUGAUCCCACAUCACCUUUACAAGGUUAUCUGGUUUCGAGAAGAGUUCGAAAUGUGAGAUUGUCCAGAAUCACAUUCAGUGCAGAUAUGAAAAAUAUGUGUGAAACUAUUUACCUGC